AUGGGUUGGAAUGCAGUGAGUGUGCAAGAAGGCGUCAGUCGCCAUAUUUUUGAAGAGAAGAAAGAAUUGCAGAUUGAGGAGCUCAAGAAGAUAAUGUUGGAGGAAAUGAACAGGAGAAAGCAGGUGGAGAAGAAGAGAGCCGAGGACGGAAAGAGGAGAGUUGAGGAGGAGAAGAAGAGAGCCGAAGAAGGAAAGAAGAAAGCCGAAGAGGAAAAGAAGAAAGCCGAAGAAGAGAAGAGGAGGCGCCAUCGCCAACACGAGCAGAGGCUUGCCAACAACCUGGAUACUCUUAUGCGAGAGACGGGCAACAACAUCAGCUCCAUCCCGACGCCGACUCGUUCACCCGUUGGCAGCUAUGACGUCUAUUGUGAAGAGCUUGAAGGCCAGUGGAAAGAGCACGACUUUAUAAUCGACGUCGAAAAAAACGGCUACACCUGGGCUUUUCGAAGCUUCCUUUGA